GAUUUUAAAAUCGCUGAUCAGAAAUCAGCAGGCGUGCACUUAAUUUACGGCCUCGCCACGGAAGAGGAGUCUCUCGGAAACAGAUUCAAAGUCAGUUUUACUGGCGAAUCGCCGGUGGCUUGUUAUUCCCGGUCACGAGACGGUACUUCCUGCGAGAACGAGGCCGAAAAGUAAACAGAAAUCGAGGUGGAAGGAUUUUUUCCCCCCCGUGUAGCUUUGAAAUGUGCAAAUUUAGCUGGUCAGCAAGUGUCUCCUAGCGUUUGUCCCGUUCAAGAAAACCAACAACGACGGGCUGAGACAGAAGGGAAGACACCGAGAGUCUGUUGGCCAGACAACAUGGAGACUGUGUGUUUCCGGCUACCGGGACACGGGGACACGACCCUGAAGCACAUGAACUCCCUCCGGUACCGCCAACAUUUCUGCGACAUCACCAUCGUGGCCAGCAACAACCAGACCUUCAAAGGUCAUAAGGUCGUGCUGGCGGCCUGCUCGCCCUUCCUGAGGGAUCAGUUUCUCCUCAACCCCUCACCCAGGCUUCAGGUGUCGAUGCUGUACAGCUCCUCGGUUGUGUGCGACUUGCUGCAGUCGUGCUACACCGGGAUGCUGCAGUUCAGCCCUGAGGAGAUCGUCAACUACCUGACUGCUGCUAGCUACUUCCAGAUGGAGCACAUUGUGGAGCGCUGCAGAGCCGCGCUGGAGAGAUACGUGCAACUAAAGAACCCUAAUCUGGUGAAAAUGGCUGAGGAGGACGGUCAGGUCAGACCGGUUAUUCUCAGUGCCAACGUUCAUUCAGUUGCUUCACCUCUGACCACUCAGCCCUCCCCCAUCGAGCAGCACAGCCCUGCUGUCAUCACACUGGAGGAAGAAAACAGCGAAACAUCUGCUCAGCACGCCGGCGACAGCCCCGUGCUGGAUGAGCCCGACGCUAAGGUAAACACGAUGGGUGAGGAGGAGGAGAACCGGCCGGAGGACUACAGCGUUUACAGAGUGUACAUCCCAGAGGAAGAGCUGGCAAACCGAGACAGGGAAGUGGACAAGGGAGACUCUGCCGAUGUUCCUCAGGACCUGUGUUACCCAGAAACCAACAGGAUCUUCAUUGCAGGAGACGGCAGCGAAUGCGACUUGGACUCUGCCGAGGAUCUGAGUUUCGGGGGCCUCAGAGCGUUCAGGCGAAGACUGUCUGAGCCGAAAAUCAGCCGCGGCAGAGGGAGAGGCAGGGGAAGGGGAUUCAAGAAGCGAAAGUGGGGAUCAUCCCAAGAGAAAAGGUCGCCGACUUUAGCUCACCGCCAAGAUCUGUGGUACGCCGCCGCUGCUGGACUGGGAGGGGGCUUUGCCUUGGACUUCAGCCAGGAGGAUCUGAAGACCGCAGCAAAUUAUUUCGUUGAUUUCCCCCGGUUGGACUUUGCUUUGGGCAGCGUUCACGGUGAAAAGGUCUCCCCCAUGAAUCAGUUCUCACUGGAAGAGUCUGGUGCUGGCGAAGGGAGUUCAGGUUUGAACGCUGUCGGCACAAACGAAGGAGGGGAUGAGUCCGUCGCCGUGGUGGGCUCCACUUCCAGCGUGACGGGGCCUGUAAUUUGCGAGCACUGUGGCCUCACUUUCCCCUCAGCACACUCCCUGGCCGUCCACUCCCGCUCCACCCACCUUCUGUACGUCUGCCCCUGCUGCGGGAAGCACUUCCACCACUCCAGCAAUCUCACCAGACACAUGGCCGUGCACCGAGGGGCCGCCAAGGCCCACCAGUGCCCCCUGUGCUACAAGACGUUCACCCAGAAGUCCACGCUGAUAGACCACAUGAACCUCCACAGCGGGGAGCGGCCACAUCGAUGCGCCUACUGCCACGCCCGCUUUGCCCACAAGCCUGCCUUACGACGCCACCUGAAGGAGCAGCACGGGAAAACCACGGGGCAGAACUCCCUGCACGAGCAGGAGGAGCGGGAAAGAGCGAGAGAAACUGCAGUAAGAGAGCCGGAGGAAGAACAGGAAUGCCUGGUUACUGAACAAACUGAGCAAGUGUCAUGAGCAAAAACAUACUUUCCCAUGUUCUGUUCAACCCAAACUUCAGUGUAUUUUAUCAGGAUUUUUUUGUGAUGGGCCAACACAAGGUGGCCUAAGGUAGAAGGAAAAAUUCCACAUUUUACAAAUAAAAAGAUUAAUUAUA